UCGACCUUUUAAGAACUCCGAAGAGUUUGUUCAAUUUCAGAUCUGUUGAGGUUUCAAUUGGUUCUUCUUUAAACUGUCCCUCUCCGAAGUGGCCUUACCUAGAAUGCAACUUCAGACCAUGAAGUUUGUCCAUGUUCUUCCUGUGGUUUACGGUAUCGUGUUGGUGCUUGGACGUGCUGGAACAAGUCAUGGAGAAACGCAAUCGCAAAAAGAAAUUUUGGGUUUUCUAGAUGAACUGGACAGACUGGCUGUAACAACUCCGAAGUCUGACGAAACUAAUAGAAAAGGGCAUUUCUGCACCUUCUAUGUACCACACAAGAUUCGCGUUUCUCGAGAGUUCAGAAGGAGAACUAUAAAGAGUUUUCAAGUGGCCUGCCGGCAAGGCGAAAUCGCUCAACGAUGCACUCAAUACAGAGUCGUGUUUGAGCCAACAGUCCAUGACCUGACCAAAACAGUUCUUCAGAAAGUACAGAGAUGUUGUGAUGGAUGGAAAGGCAUUAACUGCAAUCAACGAGUUGACUCGUUGAGUCAAAAGAGGCAGUUUACGGAUCUAGAGUCAUUCACUUACACCCUUAAAGAGAUCAAGUGCUUGGAAGUCAAUGUAACCAUCGAAUACGAUAACGUCACCAUCACUCGAAACCAGGCCAUCGCCGAGAUGAGACAGGUGGCCGGCGAAGCGAGAGCUGAGCUCCACACGUGUCCAGACGUGACGGCGAGAUUGCGUGACGUUCAUAUCAGGAACCGAAUCAAUGUGACAUCCAUCAUUGCAGUUUUCUAUCUCCAAUCUAAGCUUCCUUCAUCCACUUCUCUUUCAAGCAUCGACAUAGACUGUGUUAAAGACUCUGGGAUUUUCAUGGAUUUGAAAGCUAUACCUGAGCGCAUUGCACCAAAGUUCAAUGGUCACCCAGCUAUAGCAGUUUUUGUGACCUAUAACACGCGUGGGCUCUGUUGCGAUGAAGGACUUGUAGAGAGCAGUGGCAUUUGUGUUCCCUGUGCCGCUGGUUCGUAUCAUGACCUACAUGCUGGGCGGUGUAUAGGCUGUGAUGAAAAUACUUAUCAACCACAGAGUGGUCAAAUAUCGUGUUUGGCUUGUCCUGACGGUAUGGUAGCUGAUGGGGUGAAUGCCACCAAAUGUACUAGGACCUGUUCACCGUCUUGUCUCAAUAACGGCCUGUGUUCAGACGGUUUUUGUUUCUGCCCGUCUGGUUACACCGGAGAGGCUUGUGAACAAGCUGUUUGUGUUCCAACCUGUUUGAACGGUGGUUUCUGCUCAAAACCCAACCAAUGCGCGUGUUUAAGCGGGUGGACUGGGCCGAGAUGCAGCAAAGCACUGUGCUCGAGCCCGUGUGAAAAUGGUGGUAUCUGCUUGGCACCCGACACGUGCAACUGUCGGCCUGGUUACUCAGGGCCUACAUGCAAAACAGAUUUCUGUGAUCCAACAUGUAGCAACGGUGGAACAUGUUUGGCUGGAAAUUGUUCUUGCACACCUGGUUGGAAUGGAGACAGCUGUGAAACAGCUCUGUGUUUUAAUGGAUGUGCUAACCACGGCACUUGCAUCGCACCUGAAAAGUGCGCAUGCGCUCCUGGUUUUACAGGCUCUCAGUGUCAAUUAGGAGUAUCGUUCUGUUCUGGUUUGCCUGAUGGUGAUUAUAAAGAUCCUAACAAUUGCCACGGAUACAUAUCAUGUUCUGAUGGCUUAACAAAUCACAAAGACUGUCCGACUGGCCUCAGGUACAACUACACUAUAAAUCAGUGUGACUGGCCAGCAAAUGUACAAUGUGACCAAGACGUCAUAGACGUCAAAUGGAAGACUAUCCUGUCUGAUGCUAUUCUCCCCGGUGCGACGAAUGAGCCAGACCUUUGCUUCUCGUGGCGGUCCCAUAUCAAAACUUUCGACGGCCGCUUCAUUUACUUUCCGGGUCGCUGUACGUACAAACUGAUUCAUGAUUGUGAGGACGAUCUGUUCUCUGUUCACGUUUUUACCGAUCCUUUGUGUAAGAAUCUCACAAACUGCCGCCGCUCGGUCAAUUUGUACCUAGGAGGACUGGACAUCAAGAUUUCUCUAGGAGAACGUGACCAAGUUACAGUGGCGAACAAGAGUGUUUCCCUUCCCCACGUCGUGAACAGUGUUGUCAUCGAAAAAGUGUCCAACUAUGUUAUUACGUACGGUUACAAUGGAAUGACAGUAUUAUGGGAUGGUAUUGAUGCAGUAUACGUCCACGUCUCAGCCAAUCACAAAAAUAAGACUUGUGGGUUCUGCGGCAACUACAAUGGCUUACCAGAUGAUGACAUCAUGACGUAUAGACGUCAGCAGGUUUCAUCUAUCGCCAAAUUUGGAAAUAGUUGGCGUAUGACUGAUAUUUUUCACAUGUGUCCCAACGUACGGGAAGAAGAAACCAGGAAUCCUUGCAAUAUGCUUACGCAAGGUAACAGGACGAAGAUCAGAGGCAUCUGUUCCUUCCUACGGAAUGCGACGUUCUUUCCAUGUCACGGGGCUCUCGAUCCUGCGCCGUUCAUCAAAAUGUGCGAGGAAGAACUCUGUAGGUGCAAUUUGACUGACCGGUUUGACUGCGCAUGCUCAGCUUUCACGCAGUACUCCAGAGCAUGUGCCCGGAAUAAGGUGGCUAUACAAUGGAGAACAACUGAUUUAUGCCCUGUUACGUGUCCAAAAACUCAGCAGUUCACCGAAUGUGCUUCCUCCUGCCCUCCAACGUGUCAAAUCAAAAACAGAAAUUACAUUUGUCCUGAGCGAUGUCUUGACGUCUGUCACUGUGGUAACGGGACAGUGUAUGAUGGUCAGCGAUGUGUCACUGUACAGCAAUGCCCCUGUGUUCAUAAUAAGAAGCAUCACCCGCCAAACUCUGUCAUUAAGCGCGAUUGCAACAACUGCACAUGUGCCAAUGGCCGAUGGUUGUGUACAAACCGUCAGUGUCCAGGAGUCUGCUCUGCGAGUGGCGACCCACACUACAGAACGUUUGAUGGGCAAGAGUUUUCCUUCAUGGGCAAAUGCCAGUACAUUUUGGCCAAGGAUUGUGUCAAUAAUUCAUUCACUAUUCUGGGAGACAACGCGGAAUGCGGUUCCGAUGGUUCAAGGGGAGGAGGGACGGUUCUAAUUAACGGGAACAGAGUAGCAAAUUUCCCCAUAGCAACAGAGAGUUACAUUAUCAAGCAAUUUUCAUCAUCAAUGACGUCAGUUUAUAGUCCUGUUGGCGUCAGUGUCAAGUGGGAUGGCAUUUCGCGUGUUUACGUGAGAGUUCAGCCUCGUUUUCGUGACAUGACGUGUGGUUUGUGCGGAAAUUUUAAUGGCAAACAAAAGGACGACUUCACCACCAAAGAGGACGUUGUAGAGACGAGUGUAACAGCCUUCGGAAACUCGUGGAAGGUGGGCCCAGCUUGCAAUGACACGCAGCCAUUGAAGCAUCCGUGUGAAGUGCAGAUUCAGAGGAAGGCUGCCGCGGAAAGACUGUGUAACAGACUACUGCAAUCGCCAUUUAGCAGUUGCCAUCACACAGUAAACCCAUCCGAUGGGUACAUCGCCAGCUGCAUGUACGACGUCUGUGGAUGUCAACAUGGAACCCAAUGCCUUUGUACUGCUAUUGCUGCUUACGUCCACGACUGCGCAAGACAUGGGGUCGUAAUCGAUUGGAUCAACUCUAAAUCUAUACCGGAAUGCAAUGCAGUUUGUCCCAUCACCGGCCAAGUGCACCAAGUCUGCGGUUCUUCGUGUCGGCGGACGUGUCAUGAAAUCUCCAUGGAUCUUCCUUGCGAAGAAGAAUGUGUUGAGGGAUGUAACUGUCCAAAGGGGAUGGCACUCACAGAGGAUGACCGAUGUGUUCCCCAUUCGCAAUGUCGUUGUUCCCUCGAUGGACAAUCUUAUAAACCUGGAACUGUGAUACGCUCCGCUAACUGCAAAGAGUGUAUUUGUAGGGAUGGCCGAUUUAACUGUACACAAAAAGCAUGCAAAGCUUGUCACCCUGGGCAAAAGUGGGUAAACCGUGGUGCGGAAUGCGCAAAGACUUGUGAAAAUUUUCAUCUACCCUGCUUGGAAACUAAGAGCCAGGAAGGUUGUAUCUGCCCUGAGGGUACAGUGCUCCAUGGUCAGCGGUGUAUCAACUCCUCCCAAUGCUUCUGUCAUUAUGGCGGUCAUAGUUACCGGCCAGGACAACAGAUUGAAGUGGAUUGUAAAACUUGUUCUUGCAAGGGUACUCAAUGGUCGUGUACAAGCCACGACUGUCCUGGAACCUGCUCCGUGUAUGGCGAACUGAAUUAUAUCACCUUCGACGGCAGAAGGUACCCUUUCAAUGGGGCUUGUGAUUAUGUCCUUGCUCAGGACUCUUGUGAUGGUACCUCGUCGGUUACCUUCCAGAUACAGGCCCAAAAUGUGCCUUGCGGGUCCAGUGGCGUCAUUUGCACAAAGAAAGUGAUCAUUACGCUCAACAACACGGUAGUCACUCUUGAAAGAGAGAAAGACCCUGUGAUAUCAGCGCGGCCGGGUGCUGGAGGCUUGAACAUCAUUGAGAGGUUUCAAAUCAGAGAGCGCCACUUCUUCACUAUGUUAGAGACUGGCUUUGGUUUGACAGUCACGUGGGACAGAGGAACAAGGCUGUAUAUUACCUUGGAUCCCAAAUUUAAAGGGCGAACCUGUGGCCUAUGCGGCAACUUUAAUGACGACAGAAAUGACGAUUUCAUGACGCCGCAAUUGUCACCAGAGACCUUGGCGACUGACUUCGGCGAUAGCUGGAAGGUCGAGACGUCAUGCCCAAAUGCAAGCAUUCCCAAAGAUCCCUGCGUGAAAAAUAAGCAUCGUGCACCGUGGGCUCACAAGAUGUGCAGCGUCAUCAGAUCAGAUGUGUUCAAGCCCUGUCAUAAAGUGGUAAACCCGGAUUCCUGGUACGAUGCAUGCUACCGCGAUGCUUGUGCUUGUGACAGCGGUGGUGACUGUAAGUGUUUGUGUACAGCCAUAGCCUCCUAUGGCCAUGAGUGCUGCAAGCAUGGCGUGCCAAUCAAAUGGAGAACACAAGAAUUGUGCCCCAUUCAAUGUCCUAGUGAGGACGGUCACUGCUUUGAGUACACGCCCUGUGAUGCAGGUUGCCCAAGGACAUGUGAAAACCAGUGUGAAGCCAAUCCUGCUCGUUGUCCUGUACAAUUUGAAGGAUGCUCUUGCCCAAAUGGAACAGUACUCCAUGAUGGGAAGUGCAUUUCUCCCAGAAGCUGUCCUUGUAGCGUAGAUGGGAUUGACUAUGAACCUGGAUCAAUUGUGGUGAUGAACUGUCAAAGAUGUUCAUGCGAAGCUGGAUGUUUUUCAUGUACUGGUCCUACUUGCCCAUCAUCAGCAACGCAACUUACAUGGACAACACAUUCCCAAAAAGCAGCAACCCACGUAACAUUACCAAGCUCCGUAGUGGCAGCACCACAAGCAACGGCAACCAGUAGUUCCGUUAUGGUAGCACCAUUACAUUCAACAGCAAAAGCAGUUUUUUCAACAGCAUCAUCACGCAUAAAAGUAACCACAAGUUCCCUGAUGGCAGUGCAGCACGAAAUAAUAACGAUGCUCUCGCUAAUAAGAGCAUCCCCCUCCACAGUGCCAACAGUUAUCUUUCCAAGAGUAACCAGAAUUAGCAAACCUGCAAUGCCACCCUCCGUUUCACAUUCAAAAGUGACAAGAACAUCUUUAAUAGCAGCAACACCUUCGGAAAUGACAAACCAACCUCUUACAGCAACCUCCCCUUCAAAAGCAACAUAUGGCCCCUUAACGGCACGAAUAUCCUUAAAUGAAACAGAAACUUUCCUUCCGGUAGCAUCGUACUCGAAAGAAAGAGCGAGUUUUAUACUGGCAAAACCACUUCCGCGAAAAUCGAAAAGCUCCUUACCAGCAGGGGUAACUUUAAAUACAACAGUACUUGGUCUCCCUGGGGCAUUAAGUUCAGAAGUGAUGGGAAAUUUUUUCUCUGCCGCACCAGUAUCCUCCAUACCAGUAGUAUCACCUUUAAAAAUGCUGACAGGCUCUUUAACCACAACGCGAACCUCAGAAUUGAGAGCGAGCUCUCCAACAUCAGCUCUUCCUGCCAAUAAGAUUGCUUCCUCCCAACAAGCGGUACCAACCACUAAAGACAUUUUGAUACCAGAAGCGUCUCUUGCAAAAGUAAGGACGAGUCCCUUAAAAGCCACGCAACUUUUAAGAAGUUCUAUUCCCGCAGAUCAACCUCCAAAAUCUUCAGAGGUAAUAGAAAGCUCCCCACGAGCAGUACAACCUUCAAAAGGGAUAGCAACUUCCCUAUCAGUGACGUCAACUACAAAAGGGACGGAAGGCUUUCUGACAUUAGCGCCAUCUAUGAAAGGGACAGUAGUCUUCCCAUCAGCAGCGCUCACCACAAAAGAAGAAACAAGCCCCCAACUUGUAGCACCACCUUCAAAAGUGAGGUCAAGUUCCUCAUCAGCAAUAUCACCUACAGAAAAGACAAAAUGGACGCUUUCAGGAGCACAGCCUUCAAAAGAGACAGUGAUAUUCCUAUCAGAAGCACAAGCUGCAAUGACAACAGGUAAUGUGCACACACUAAGGCAAAGUUCAAUGGUCACAGCCAGCUCUCUGUUGGAGGCGUCGUUUACAAAGAUAACAACUAGUACCCAAAAGCUUCUUCCGUUUUCAAAAGCUGCAAUAAGCUCUCGAAAAACAGCGAUACUUGAGAAAGAAACAACUUCGACACAAGAGGCACCACCAAAAAUAUCCGAAAAUGAGCGGCAAGAACCAACUAGAAAUAAGAUGGCAGCAAGUACUCGACCUGCAGCAUCAUCUUCGUUAGUAACAGCACACUCUCUUCCAUUAAAAGUACCUGGAAAGAUGACAACAAGUGCCUUAGUUCCAGCACCGCAAACGAAUACGACAGUUAGCUCCUUACCGCAAACGCCAAAACUUACUGCGACUUCCCUAACAGCGGCGGUAACCUCGACGGCACAGUCAAUUUUACCACCCGAAGCGCCAUCAAAAAUAUUAGAAAAGAACUCUCCAUUAUUAGCAUCACCAACUUUAAUAGCAUCAACCAUAACCACAAAGCCAUCAGUUUUAACAAGCAUCAAGCCACAAAAUACAAGCGUUGUUCACAUUACUCAUUUGCAAUGCCCUUCCGAUAGGGUGUACACGCCUUGCAAAUCAAACUGUGAUGAGUCCUGUCAGUACAUGAACAAUACGUGUAGGAAGACACUUUCGACACAAUGCGUACCCGGAUGCAAGUGCCCCGGUGGAACAGUGUUUAAUGGCACAAGUUGCGUCAACCCAGCAGAUUGCAUUUGCUUCCAUAAAGGUAGAUACUAUGAUCCAGGAGCCACGUGGAAUGAUACCUGUGACAGGUGCUGGUGCUGGAAUAACAGUGUCAUCUGCCGACCUGUUCGUUGUCCUCCUCAGCUCGUUCCGUGUCCUAACAAUUCCGUGUCUAUGAUACUACCUGGAGAAUGCUGUCAAUCUUGUGUACUAGCUAAAAAUGAAACAAAGUGUAUUGCACCCGAGUACAAAUGCAGAGAUAAUAGCAAAUGCAUCACUAAACACUGGGUUUGUGACGGAGAAAAUGAUUGCAAAGACGGCGAAGACGAGAGAAAAUGCACCACCAGUAUUUCAGCGUGUUUUGAAUCGUUAGGGUUGUCAGAUCGAGUUCCAGACCAUUCAUUCGCAGCCUCGUCUUCCGACAGUGUUUAUUACCGACCAAGUGAGGGACGACUUCAUAAUACUCAUGUCGAAGGACGGGGAAGCGGUGCCUGGUGCCCCAAACCUAAUGAUACAGUACCAUAUCUGCAGGUCCAGCUGGAUUCUUUACAGAAAGUGACAGCAGUAUCCACCCAAGGACACCCAGUUCUACACAAAUGGGUGACAUUGUUUCGUGUGUCAUAUAGUCGGAAUGGAGUUACUUGGACCAAAAUAGAAAAGACAUUCUACGCGAACACGAACCAAACUUCCGUUGUUAGAAACAAGCUGCAACAGCCAGUCGAUGCUCUUUACCUGCGAGUGUACCCAGUUCAGUCCCACAUCGGUCCAUGUCUGCGCCUGGAGUUCUACGGCUGCAACACAGGGGUCAACGUUCCGCCUGUGUGGCCUGAAGUUAGAUGCGACAAUGGUAAGUGUAUUAAUCGCAAAAACGUUUGUGACGGACGAGAUGAUUGCGGUGAUGGCUCAGACGAGAUGACAUGCACUUCUCCUCCACCAUGUACAGAGUUUCACUGUGAUAACAACACUAAGUGCAUUUCUUUCAGAUCUCUCUGUGAUGGCCACACGGACUGCUUAGACGGCCGGGACGAGACUCAAUGUCCAACUACAGCAGGAGUCACACGCACUCUAAUAAGUGCUACACUGCAGGUAACAGCAAAGGUAACAACUCUCGUCUCCAGCAACAACCGAAGUUCCCCGAGCAAAACUACGACCCCUACAUUAACGACAGAGAUUGUGUCAUCCACGUCAGAGAUGGUGACACCUGUGUCGAAGAUGACGUCACCCGCGUCGGUAAUGAUGUCACCCGUGUCGAAAAUGACGUCACCAGAGUCGGAGAUUAUGUCAUCCGUAUCGGAGAUGAUGUCACCCUUUUCGGAGAUAAUAGUACCCGUGUCGAAGAAGAAGUCACCAGUGUUGAAGAUGACGUCACCAUUGUCGAAGAUUAUGUCAUCCGUGUCAGAGAUGAUGUCACCUGUGUCGGAGAUAAUGUUACCCAUGUCAAAAAUGAUGUCACCCGUGUCGAAGAUUAUGUUACCAGUGACGGAGAUGCAAGUGAUUCCCAGUCAAGUCACGGUAAAAAUGAGCGCUAUGAGCUUACCAGAGAGUGUAAAGAUAGUCAUAACACCUUCAACUUUGUCUGUGGGCACCACUGUAGUGAGGAAAGAGGAGUGCGGAGAUAGUUGCACUUGUUAUAUGAAUUGCCAGAGACAAAUCAAGUGUCCAUAUAGUGCCAAUUGUCCAUCUUGCAUCUGUAACAGUGGUACACUGAAGCGGCAAAAUCGAUGUGUCGUGCCCAUGCCUGCGCCAUGCAUGCCACUUUGUGAUAUCUCUGGACACAAAUUUCAGUUCAGUACAACGAUACAUGACGGAGCGUGUCGCGUGUGCACGUGCGAAAGAAAACCAAAUACUCUUGACCAGUCAACAGCCGUGUGCCAAACCACUUGUACGACAGUCACACUGAAGUCGGGGACUGGAAAUAAUUUGACAAUAAGCGUGGAAAAUACGAUGAUUUCUUCAUUAUCCACUUCAGCAAGUGGCAUGUUGCAGCUAGGUGACAGAGAAACGGCUCGGCCACCAAACCAAGCUCAAAGAUUGAAAACACCGGUGAGAGUACCAACUCAGCAAUCUCUGCCAGAAUCAAAGAUAGAGGGUCCAACAGCGACAAGUUCCUCAAAUGAGUUAAAAAUAAUAAAGGUAGGAAGCCGGAUAGCAACGAGACCUUCGGAAGGGUCAACGACAACAAUAACAACAACCUCAACAACAAAAGCAGCAGAGGCAAAGAUAUCAGGGGCGGAAUCAACGGUAUCCGUACUGACUUCAAGUCCAACAUCGGGAAUAUCCAAUAAGAGGUUAAAAACAACAAAGAAAACAAGUACGACAUCAGUAGUCCCAGCGAAGAAAGGGAGUGAAGCUGUUUUGGUAAGUCCAACAACUACUAUGCCCUCACAGAAGUCGGCAACACUUAAGGUAGCAAGUGGGAUAGUAUUGAUAUCAUCUGUAAAGGAAUCGAUGACAACACUAACUGCGGGCAGUCUGGUAUCAAGAAUACCCACUGGGGAAUCAACAAACAAAUCAUUAAGUCCAAUAUCAAACGUAUCUUCAAAGAAGUCUGUUAAAACACAGAUAUCAUCUCCCACAAGGGUGAUGUCCUCAGAGAAAUCUACAAAAACAACUAUAGAAAUGGAUACAAGUCCGACAACAACAAUAUCAACACAGGAAGCGACAAUUAGAAAGGCAGCAAGUUGGACAAAGGCAACGAUAUCUGCAUUAGAAUCGAGAACAACGCCCAAUGAGACAACCUCAACAACGACGCUGGCCACGGAGGAAUUAGCAACACAGAAAUUUUCAAGGCCAACAGGUCCGACAUUUACGACACCCAAACUAAAACUGUCAGCAACACCAAAGGUAUCGAGUCCGACACUGGAAGUAUCAGCCCCAGGGCCUUACGUGACAACAACAGCAAGAACCCUAAAUCCGACGGUCGCCACAAUUAUCCCAACUUCUACACCAGUAUGCCAAUGGAGUAAUUGCACUUGUACCAGGACAUGCGCAGACCUUGCCGAAUUGGAAGUAAUCCCCUGCACAAAUGACUCGUGUAAACCCGGAUGUAUAUGUCCACCGGGAUUGGUAACUCACGGGAACGCGUGUGUCUCAGCAGUAUUAGGAUGUCCUUGUUAUCACAAUCAAAAAUUUUACAAGGUCAGACCCAAGGCUACCUCUGUCUUCUGA